AUGGCCCAGCCUUUUACAGACAGUGGAUUGAAAUUUGACCUGAAUGAAGCCAAAAGAAGCUGUAUUAUUGACACUGAUGAGCUCAAUGUUUUAAAUACUUCUUAUACAAAGACAGGGAUUUGUUUGCUGCAGGAUGGUAACCAGGAGCCUUUCAAAGUGCGACUGCACUUAGCCAAAGAUAUUUUGAUGAUCCAGGAGCAGGAUGUGAUCUGUGUGUCUGGUGAGCCUUUCUAUUCUGGUGAAAGAACAGUAACAAUUAGAAGACAGACUGUAGGAGGAUUUGGAUUGAGUAUAAAGGGUGGAGCAGAACAUAAUAUUCCAGUGGUCAUUUCUAAGAUUUCCAAAGAACAAAGAGCGGAACUUUCAGGUUUGCUGUUUAUAGGAGAUGCAAUUCUACAGAUUAAUGGAAUUAAUGUGAGAAAAUGCAGGCAUGAAGAAGUGGUUCAGGUCCUUCGCAAUGCAGGGGAAGAAGUGACCCUAACUGUCUCCUUUCUGAAAAGAGCACCUGCUUUUCUCAAACUGCCACUGAAUGAAGAUUGUGCAUGUGCCCCCAGUGACCAAAGCAGUGGCACAUCCUCUCCUCUGUGUGAUAGUGGUUUGCAUCUCAACUAUCAUCCAAACAACACAGAUACAUUAUCGUGUUCCUCGUGGCCAACAUCCCCGGGACUUAGGUGGGAAAAAAGGUGGUGUGAUCUCCGAUUAAUUCCACUUCUUCAUUCACGGUUUUCCCAGUACCUUCCAGGAUCAGAAUUGUGCAGGCAAAAUGCGUUCCAAGUAAUUGCUGUGGAUGGGGUUUGCAGUGGAAUAAUUCAGUGUCUCUCUGCUGAAGACUGUAUUGACUGGCUACAAGCAAUAGCAAGUAACAUUUCCAACCUCACAAAGCACAAUAUUAAAAAGAUCAACAGGAAUUUUCCCGUAAACCAGCAGAUAGUCUACAUGGGCUGGACAGAAGAACGGGAACAAGACUCCCUUCAGGAUCGAAUGUACACACCAAAGUUUUUAGCACUAAGAGGAUCUUCCCUGUAUAAAUUUAUAGCACCUCCAGUGACAACCUGGGAUUGGACACGAGCUGAGAAAACGUUUUCAGUUUAUGAGAUAAUGUGCAAAAUUCUCAAGGACAGUGAUCUACUGGACCGUCGGAAACAUUGCUUCAGCGUCCAGUCUGAGUGUGGAGAAGACCUUUAUUUUUCAGUGGAACUAGAGUCUGACCUAACACUAUGGGAGAAAGCCUUCCAAACAGCAACUUUUUUAGAAGUUGAACGGAUACAGUGCAAAACGUACGCCUGUGUAUUGGAGAGUCAUCUUAUGGGACUUACUAUCGACUUUAGCAUGGGCUUUAUCUGUUUUGAUGCUGCCACAAAGGCUGUCCUUUGGAGGUACAAGUUUUCCCAGCUCAAAGGUUCUUCAGAUGAUGGGAAGAGCAAAAUCAAAUUUUUGUUCCAAAACCAAGAUACUAAACAAAUUGAAGCAAAGGAGCUGGAGUUUUCCAACCUGUUUGCGGUCCUUCACUGUAUCCACUCAUUCUUCGCAGCCAAAGUGGCUUGUUUGGACCCUUUGUAUGUAGGCAGUCAAGCCACAGCUUCUACUGCUCCCACAACUUCUGGUACUAGCAAAUUAAAGUAUACAACUUGA